GGUGGAGCUGGGUAAACUCCUCCCCUGACCAGGAAGUGAGGAGGAAAGCAGUUGUGUACGUGAGAGAGAAUCAGGAACCUGUGGUCUGAGAGGGUCCAAUUGAACUAGAGACCUGCUUACUCUUACUCCUCUACCUCCAGGGCGGGAGCUUCGGGUUCACAAGCUGUAGGACACCGAGAUCCUUGGGAAUAAGAUCUAGGUACUACAGGAGCCCACUGCCAAGACGGAUAAGUGCCUUUCAACCUUCCCAUUUCUCCCCAGGGGAGGGAUAGAGGGCUGGCUUCGCAACCAUGCUCCCCUCGGGGACCACUCCUGGGACCACGGACCGUUUCACAGUGUUGGCGGAUGCAGAGGACGUGGUGCUUAAACAGCGGCCUCAAGUGGAACGCAUCUUCAGAGUGCAGCUGAGUGUCCUUGAGAAGACCUGCCCGGGGAGCCCCCACAUCUGGUUGCAGCUGGAGGGGCCCCAAGAGAAUGUAGGCAGAGCCAAGGAGUACCUGAAAGGCCUUUGCAACCCAGAGGUGUGGGAGGAAGUCAGCUAUCCUGCAGCCCUGAACUGUGUCUUCUUUGGAGCUGGGGGUUUCUUCCUGGACUGUCUGUGUUGGGGUACCUCAGCUCAUAUGGUGCCCCAAGCCCCGGGCUCUCUGUUACUGGGGGGCCUGAUUGAAGCCUUUGUCAUGGCCCAGAGCAGGAUGGAAGAUCUGUUAGGGCGACUGAGGCAAGGUGGUCUCCAGUGGCCACAGUCCAGGAGUGCCAGGGAACAAGUGACUCAGGCCUUCAAGGCCCUCGUUGGGAGCUAUGGAGAUGAACAAUCCAGGGCUCUCCUGGAUUUGCCUGUGUCUGUCCAGGAGUGGCUGGUAAACUUGGCAGGAGAGGCAGGUAGGGGCAAAGGACUGCCAGAACCUCCUCUGAGGCAAGAGAGGAGCCCAGUUCUCGUUGGGAAUGGUGGUUGGGAGGACCCUGUCAGAAAGACUCCAAGUGAGGGCAGAGAAGUCAGGGAGGGUGACAUUGUCUCAUUGGGCACCAGAUCUGUUGAUCAGGAAGGGCUUAGGGAAGGGGUUUGUGCUAGGGAAGAGUGUCCUGUAGAGAGAGACUGGGAAAGACUGUGGUCCAUGGGAGAGGAGGAUUCCAGGAGAAUCAGAGAACUGGUCAGGGAAAAGGACUCACAUACACAGAAUCUCUCUGGGCAAAGAAACUUGGAGAGACCAGGGAGUCCCAAAGAGGGAUUACCUAGGCAGAGAAACUGGGGUAGGGAAGGGAUCCCUGAGGAAAGAAAUUGUCCAUCUAGUAAGAGGGACUGGGAGAAAGAUGGGUUCCUUGGGGAGAGACAUUGGAAUGAGGAUGGCUUGACUAUGGGGAGAGACUGGGACAGAGAUGGGCACUUUGGGCAGAGGGAUUGUGGGAAAAGGGGACAUAAUAGGGAGGAGGACCAGGACAGAGAACUGUAUCUGGAAGGAGAGGAGCUAUCAGGUAACAUGUCUCAAAGAGAAGAGCUCCAGAGCAAAGAUCAAUUCCCAAGCCCACACACUGUCAAGGCUGACUUCCUGGGGGGGAACCAGGCUGCAGCUGAUUCCUAUGGCCAUUCUCCUCAGGCAGUGGUAUGUGACUGGCAGUGGAGGGGCCCCAUGAUGCCCCUCCUUCAGCUCAACAAUGGAGAAUCCUCUCCACCAAUGGAGCCCAACCUUCUACCUGGGGCUCAGCCCACAUGGCUUCUUUCUCCAAAGCCCGGGGAUGGGCAGUCAGUGGGACUUAAGGGACAGGAGCCUCUAAAGGGAAGCUUAGGUGGCAUCACUGCUGGCAGCUGUGAGGUGACCAAAACCCAGCGCUUUCUGGAGGCCCUGAAGACCCCGUUUUCCUUGAACCUCACUAACGUGCCUGGUGCAACAGGUCUUCGACAUGUUAUCAUUGAUGGCAGCAAUAUAGCUAUGAUCCAUGGCCUGCAGCAUUUCUUCUCCUGUCGGGGCAUAGCCUUAGCUGUUCAGUAUUUCUGGGAUCGAGGGCACCGGGAGAUCACUGUCUUUUUGCCUCAGUGGCGCCUGAGGAAGGAUGCCAAGGUGAAAGAACGUCAUUUCCUGACUAAACUACAGUCCCUCAGCCUGCUCUCUGUCACCCCCUCUCGAAUUGUGGAAGGGAAGAGGAUUACCUCCUAUGAUGACAGGUUCAUGGUGAAGCUGGCAGAAGAAACUGAUGGCAUCAUUGUUACCAACGACCAGUUCCGAGACUUGUCAGAUGAAUCUGUGAAAUGGGCAGAAAUCAUCAGAGAGCGUCUGUUGCCCUUCACUUUUGUGGGGAACAUCUUCAUGGUCCCAGAUGACCCACUGGGGCGUGAAGGCCCCACCCUGGAUGAGUUCCUCAAGAAACCAAAUAGGCUGCAGGCUUCAAGAGGUCGAUCAACCGGUUGCCAAGGGCCUCCCCAUAACCGACCUUCCCGACCCAGCUCCAGGGCCCGAUCUCAGGUUCGAUCUGGAGCCCAGCCUCGACCACUACCUCGACCUCGACCUCGAUCUCAGCCUCGACCCCACACCAGGGGCCUGACAGAAUCUGAAAUUCAGCCAAAGCAGCAGGAGCAAAAGGAGGAAGAUGAGGGAAUGAGUGGCUUACGAAGGGCAACAGAGACUGAGCGGCUUCGGCACAAGCUGCUGGAGGUGUUUUGGGGACAGGACCAUAAGGUGGACUUCAUCCUACAGCGGAACCCCUCUAAUAGGGACCUUAACCAGCUGUCAGAGGCCCUGCUCAGUUUGAACUUCUGAGCCCUUCAGCGAAUGGAGGUUGCUGGUGAGGUGCAUCCUAGUGAUCUGGAUAGCUGGGUCCUGCUUCUGACUAAAGAGUGAGAUGUGGGGAACCAUGGGCAAAGCAGAGAGGCAGGAAGCAGGGACCUCUUUUCCCCUUGGCAGGCUUGGAUCCAGAUGGUUAGGAGGUUAGGACCACUCCAUGGCUAUCUUGGUUCCCAGGGACACUGGAGGAGUAUUAGAUUGUGCCAAACCCUGGAAGUCUUUGUGUUAUGUGAGAGAUUACAUGUGGACACAGCAAGGAGGUAGUGAAAACUGCACUCAUCUAGGAAUCAGGACACUUGGGUUCUAGGCCUGGGUCCUAGUACCCUUGGCAAAGCGGUACUCAACUACCUUUAGGCUCAACCUAAACUUCUAUUUCUUCAUCUAUAAGAAGGAAAUAAAUAUACCUGUUGAGGAGAAAGGGCCUGGAACUCUACCAAUUUCCAGGUAUGGUUAUCUGCCAGUUCACAGGGUUCAUUUCAUUUUAGGUGAAAUUCUUUGGUAUCCAUGUGGGUCCCAAACAGAUCUUAGAUUGGCUUCUUAGUGUUAGAAGUCCUAGGCUGUUUCCCUUUUAGACAACUCCCCGUCCAAAUGUAUCCUAUAGUUACAUUUGGAUUUAUGUGUUAUAAUUAAGUUUACAAAAAUAUUUUCAGGGUUCAUUAAAAAGGCAGCUUUUGUUUAGGUUAUUUGUUUGCUUAUUGAUCAUUAACUACAACUUGACGGUGUGGCUGUGGUUAAACUUGCAGAAAUAUUGGGAAGCCACAAUCAGUUGAAUGAUAAUAAAACUUCUCUGAAAUGAUCCCAGGUAA